AUGUUUGGUGCGACUGCCUGCGACACGGGCGCCGCCUACUGCGAUCCAAAGACUUGCCUCAAGUCCUUCUCCGGCAAAGGGUCCUCUUGUGCCUCGGGCACGACACCAUCCACUCUCAAGACCUCCGCCAAAGCGACCUCCACCGCCUCCCCCUACGCCUCCCAAGUCCCCGUCAUCGACGUCUGUGGCCACGCCGAGGGCGGUGUAUCCUGCCCCGGCGCCGGCCUUGGCGGGUAUUUUUACCGCUGCUGCUCGUCCGCCGGUCACUGCGGGCCCAAGAACGACAUCCAGGAUCAGAAUUUGUACUGCGGGACGGGAUGCCAGGCUGGGUACGGCAAGUGCGACAGCGAGAAGAAGCCUGUGUUGCCGACAGGCACGCCAGGUACGGCGGGUGAGGGCGAGACGUGUGGUCCGAUUGUGAACAAGAAGUGUGGGAGUGGGCUGUGCUGCUCGGGAAGCAACUUCUGUGGUAAAGGAGUUGACUUCUGCGGUGCGGCGAACUGGUGCCAGAAGAAUUGGGGCAAGUGCUCUUAG